AUGGCUUCCCCCAUCUCAAUUGGAGCUCCCCAACCAUGGCCCUCAACCUCCAAAACCUACAAUUUCUGCUCUCAAGGUUGCUCCUUCAACUGCCCCCAAUUAUGCAUCUUCCCCCCACCUCCUCCCCUCCUCCUCAACCCCAACAUCAUCUCCUCCGACGACUCCGACGAUUCCUCAUCCUCUCGCAUCUCCCCUUUAAUGGCCGCUCUCAUCGCCGUCCUCGCCGCCGCCUUCCUCCUCCUCUUUUACUUCACCGUCAUCUCCAAGCUCUGCCGUCGCUCUCGCAACCGUCGCAGAAUCAACCGAUUCCUCGACUCCGAAACCUCCGACCCUCUCUCAAGAGUGGACUCGCUGAUUCACGACCCGACCCGACCCAACUCCUCCGCCUCUGGUCUCGACGAUGCGUUUAUCCGUCAGAUCACGGUGUUCAAGUAUCGGAGAGAGGAUAACUUAGUUGAUGGCACUGAAUGCGCUGUUUGUCUAACUGAGUUCAAUGAGAAUGAGAAUCUUCGGUUGAUGCCUAAUUGUGAGCAUGCCUUUCAUUUGCCUUGUAUUGAUACUUGGCUUAAGACUCACUCUAAUUGUCCGCUCUGUCGGUCUACAAUGAACCUAGGUCCACCCCUUCGAUCCUCCUCGGGUUCGGUUCCUCCUCCUCCCAACCCCAACCCCAACCCCAGCUCCAACACCAGCACGGGUGGUGUUAACGGGGCUGGGGUUGCCGCGUUGCGGGUUGAGAGGAGGAGUAACGACGCCGUUUUGAUGAUCCGGGAGUUGGAAGGGAGGGUUCAAGUUUUGGAGACUACGCAAGGUGAUGAGGCGAAUUUGAAGGAUUUGUUCUUGAAUCUUCAUCUUGAAUAUCAAUGUGACUAUUGCUAUAUGUUUAUGAUUUUACAUUUUGAAUUUGUGAUUGCUGAUUAUAUUCGGGUUUAG